AUGAGCUCCCAAGAUCUCGCGUCCGGGACGCCUCCUUCCGCCCCGAGAAAGACGCCCAUCCUCGCCCCCACGCCCGACAGCAAGCCUCCCGCCCGCGCCGAGCUUACCCCCGAUCAGACAGCCAAGUACGAAACACUGCUCACCAAGGCCAGAUCCUGGACGGAGGUGACCUGCGACAAGGAAAAGGACAAGUCCGGGCCUCUCACCGACCGCGAGCGUGCCUGGCUAACCCGCGACUGCCUCCGCCGCUACCUCCGCGCAACAAAGUGGAAUGUCGACGACGCCGCCAAGCGCCUGCAGGCCACCCUGGGCUGGCGCCGUGAAUACGGCCUCGACGGCUUCACACCCGACUACAUCUCACCCGAGCAGGAGACGGGCAAGCAAAUCAUCGUCGGCUACGACAAGAUGGGCCGCCCGUGUCAGUACCUCAACCCGGGACGCCAAAACACCGACGCCAGCCCCCGACAGAUUCACCAUCUCUUUUACAUGAUGGAGCGCGUCACCGACAUGAUGCCCGCCGGCGUCGAGCAGCUCAGCCUCUUGAUCAACUUCAAGCAAACCAAGAACAGACAAAACACCAGCGUUCCCGUGUCCACGGCCCGCGAGGUCAUCCACAUUCUCCAGCACCACUAUCCCGAGCGUCUGGGCAAGGCGCUAAUCAUCAAUGUGCCGUGGAUUGUCUGGGGCUUCUUCAAGAUCAUCACCCCCUUUCUCGACCCCGUCACCAGCGAGAAGCUCAAGUUCAACGAGAACAUGAAGCAGUACGUCCCCGCCGAACAGCUGUGGAGCGAGGACUGGUCCGGCCAGAUGGACUUUGAAUACGACCACGACACGUACUGGCCGGCCAUCAACACGCUCUGCCAGCAGCGCCGCGAGGCCAAGAUGGCGCGCUGGGUGGCCGCGGGCCGGCUCAUCGGCGAGUCUGAGGACUACCUCUCCGGGGGCGUCGACACGAGCGUCUCCGGCUUCACCUACAAAGAAGAUACCCAGGAGGAGCUCAGCAAGGAGAUGGCAGCUACCAGCUUGGACGAGAAGACGCCCGUGGUGGAGUCGAAGCCGCAGGCUGCCUUGUCGACGUAG